GAUUUCAGGUGGCAGUCGCCCUGCUGAGUUGUUCAGCGACGGGUAUCUCGUAAACACUCUGUGAUCCACAGAAUUCCCGCGAGUUCUCAGUUGAGUUCUCGUUCUAUUCUGCUUAACAAUUUUAUCAUGCCGGAUUCUUGCGCUCGUUCUAAUAAGUACGAUACUGAAUCAUUCGAGGUACACGCGUUUUUCACGGUUAGUUUUACCUAUUAUCGAUGAUUUCCACUUGAUAGCUUCUAACUCUUUUAGAAGCAUUAUUUGUCCACUUCCUUUCGAAGCACAUCAUUGUCUAGCAGCAAAAUCAUUCAUUGAUAUUUCCAUUUUGCACGUUCCACCGUAACGAUUAUCUAGUCGGACUAUAAGGGAUCAUUUAGGGGAGAUAUUAAGAAAAUAUUGGAAAUGAUCGAUCGAGUAAUUCGUUCGAUAAUUCACCUAAUUUACUAACUGUAGCUGUUGAAAUUCGGACGUAAAAAAAUUAGAUGCGGAUACGAAACACGAUGUCUAUAUCGAGUCAAAAGAAAGUGAACACUUCGAGAAAGAGUGAUUUAUCAUGCGACAGAGAAUUAUAUCUUAUAUUCGAUUGAAAAAUCUGUUCCUACAAUACUAAUAAGGUAAUUCGUGUUCAGCAACGCGCGUUGAUUAGGUUUUGCAUUUUAACGGACUCGUGAAACCUCUUUCGAUUGUCGAAAUGUCAGAUUGGCACGCAUCUUUGUGCACGAUGAAGUUCAAACGAAUGUCCGUCGUUUAUAUCUUAUCGUUAGUGUAAAAUUACGGUUGAAUUUAACAAAGUGGCUAAUAAAAUUAAAUAAACUAAAAAGUAACGUGUUCUUAGUGCGAAGCCGGUGAAGUGCGGGAAAUAAUAAAUCGUUGAUUCAAUCGACAAAUAUGUUUCAAUGUGCAACAAAAUCGUAAUAACCUUGAGACAAGUGUGUAUAAUAAAUUUUCAAGCAUCGGCAAACUAUUGUAUCCUGAAUAAAACAGUGCAGCGAGAAAUAAACAAAAAAAAAAAAGAGAUGAGGUUGUAUUGUGUACAUAAAGCUCUGGGCGAAAUUUACGAGUUAAUGGAGUAUUUCACAAAGUCCUCGUAAAAAUCGAUUUAUUUUUGCAAUAAUACCGUAAUAAACGAUGAUAUCGUGAACAUGGAUUAAAGGACGUCGAAGUAUUGGUUGAUACGCACAAAUUUUUAUUGCAACAAUGAAAAAGAUUGUAUCCGUGAUAAUUAAACCGACGUUUAUACAAAUUCAGAUUUUUAUGAACAUAACUAAAGGAAGAAAAUGUAAAAUGUGAUUUGCUUCAUCUUUUAAGUACCAGCUACGCUGGCUACGUUGGACAUCGAUGGUUGGAAUUGUUUCUAUGAUAAUUAAUUUCUAUUUAUAACGAAACACCGAGGGACUCUGAUAAGCUAGCGCCGAUCCGUUUUCAUCAUGUGGACACGUGUCUUAUGGAAAUCAGCGUACUUGAAUGCAACGUGCACAUAUAAAUCCGACGAAAUGAAAUCGGGCCUUGACUGAUGUAUAUAACUAUUUAAACGAAUUACAUAUUUGGCAAAUAAAGCGUGAUAUUAUGAAGAGAAGUUGAAACACGUGGUGAUUCUUCGAACUGCUUUAUAGCGACUGAAGAGUACUGCAAGUAGUGUGUCAUCGCUAUCAAGUUGGAGCAUGAUGGGAGAGGUGAUCAGGGUUUCUGGGAGGGCACCGGAUGUCGGGGAAUUCCUCAAGGAGGCGAUGCUAUCCCAAAGGUUCGCCGAUGUAGCUCUCUGUUGUACUGGCGGACAAAGAUUUUUGGCGCAUCGUUUGGUUCUCUCUGCGGCCAGCCCUUAUUUGCAGGAAGUGUUACUGGCGCACAGUAGAACGUCGAUGCAUUGCGAGCCCAUCACAGUGAUCCUGGCCGGGGUAGAGGCACCAGAAUUGGCGGCGAUCCUCGGUUUCGUGUACACAGGAAGUGCGACGGUACCUCGUCCGCGUCUGAAUGCGUUUCUACACGCGGCCGAAGCCCUCCACAUUAGACUUCCGCCGGUGCCUGUCGUGAUGACCUGUACGCAGGCUGACUGCAAGCAGGAAGACAUCAAGGACGUGAAGAUCAGUCCAAAGUACCUUCAGUGCGACCAGUAUCCGCGCUGUGACCGCUGGUGCCAUCCACGUAGGAAUCAAGAUGGAGAUUCCGCGGGCAAGGAGGAAUCCUAUCCGGCGAUCGAGUCCUUGCAAACCGCAAGAGAAAUCAGACCGCUUCCUGAAUCGAUGAACUUUGCCGGAUCGAGAUAUGGACCAAGACCAAGUAGAUAUUGCUCUACAACGUGGCCCGUUGCUCCUUUCCCGAGCGCGGCUCAAGAAAAGACUAUUCACGGUCUAGAUCAACGUAUGGAUAAGGACAAGUUGAAUCAGACAGAUGUCAGUCGGUAUCAACCGAUCAGCGUGGUUCCUAGGAUCGAUAGGAUUAGCGACGUAGCCAGUGCACACUCGGAAAAUCCGUUUGUCGGUUGCGAUUCUUCGGAAAAGGCUCGUCAGCAGGAAUUUUGCUUUUCCAGGAGCUUGUACGAUCUUCGUAGCAUGCAGUUGGAUCCACUCGAGGCGAGAAUGAAAGGUGACCACGAUCGUUUUCAGGCUACGAACGAAGAAGAUACCUCCGGGAGAAUUUUAUCCACAUACGGUAGCUGUUUCGAGCAAGAGAGGAUUCCUGUUGAUCGUCUCAGUGUAAUUCGUUCUCGAAUCGAUCCCUGUCAGGGCAAAACCGUAGCUCUACAGUUACCUGCAAGUACUAGAUCGUACGAAAAUUUGGACGUUGGUGAAGAUUUGACUUGUCGUGAUCACUGUUUCGUCUGGAAGUCGCCGAGAAGACAAGUGGCUAAUAGAGUCAUAGCCUCGCCGUGGAAGCAAACUGUCAGGCCUUACCAUUUGCCCAAGUUGCAGCCGAUAGUCCUUCAGCCCCACGUCGACGAUGCCAAAACCGGGGAAAAUCUACGUGUGCCAGAAGUCACGCGAUCUCCAGCGAUCUCUGCCAGUCCUAAUCGACAGCUCCCCAAAUGUUCGACGUCUGCGGAUCAUUAUUAUGGUAUCGAAGUUCCUACCACCCACGAAGUUACGUACAAUAACGAUAAGAAGUUACUGGAAGCGAGCUCUACUUUGGGACCGAGGCCUCAAGAAUUAUAUUCAUCUCAAAUUGCAUCGUUGACGAUCGGUCAAAUCACUCCAUCGUUGAAUAACGAUGCCAGAAACAACCAGACUAUCGUACAAUCUCAAAAUAACGUAAUUUCUACGACAACUAGAUCGUUGCCAAGUACCUCAGAGAAUAGUCGUAUGAAUAUCAAUAGAAAGGGUAGUUAUUUCGGUCAAGCGUUACCUCAGUCGCCGCAGAAGCUGGAAAUUUCUCAUCCUGUUAGCAGAUUGUGCGAUACGAUCGAGUCGAUCGGUAAAAUCGAUCGUUUCGCCAACGUGGAAGCCGAGAAGCUGGAGAACGAGACGAGGAUCGAGGAUAAACUCGCUGAAAGAGUUAUUAUCAACAGUGAUAAUAAUAAUAACGAUGCUGUAGUUAGUCAGGACGGUGUUCAACGCGGCAAAGGAGCGCAAGAGAAUCAUAGGUGCGAUCAGUGUGGCAAGACUUUCGUUACCAAAGCUUCCCUGAAGGUGCACGUUAGAACGCACUCAGGGGAGAAGCCAUUCCGUUGUACCGACUGCGGCAAACAAUUCUCCCAACUACGAAAUUACAAGUACCACCGAAGCGUUCACGAGGGCACCAGGGAAUUCGCAGCCACCUGUCCAGAAUGUGGCAAAUACUUCAACGACCGCGGCUACCUGAGCUCCCAUAUGAAGAUUCAUCGUAACCGUAAGGAGUAUGGCUGUGCGGAAUGUGGCAAGAGUUUCAAUCAGCGGGUCGCCUACAACAUGCACGUUAGAAUCCACACUGGAGUGAAACCGCAUCAGUGUGAACAGUGUGGAAAAGCAUUUUCCAGGAAGAUGUUGUUGAAGCAACAUCUUAGAACCCAUUCGGGAGAACGGCCAUAUCAGUGUCAGGUCUGCCAGAAAGCCUUCGCUGAUAGAUCGAACAUGACGUUACACACGAGAUUACAUUCCGGUUUAAAGCCUUAUCAAUGCACGUUAUGUUCGAAGGCGUUCACGAAGAAGCAUCACCUAAAGACUCAUCUGAAUUACCAUACAGGAACUAAACCGUAUUCCUGUCCAAACUGUGGCUUGAGAUUUUCUCAAAGUAGCAACAUGAGGACUCAUUUCAAGAAGUGUACCGUUAGUAAUCCGAUAGAAGCAAAGGAUUCGCAGAUGGAAGGUACUGUGAUAGAUUCUUCGAAGGUUAUACAAGCAAGAAUAAUAUCGAGGACACCUACAGAUACAUUAACGCCUCCAAAUUCUGACCAGGAAUUAAGCAUUCUAACGCCGAUUUCGAAAAGCAACGGAAUAGAAGGGAUUGGUACGUAGCGAUAAAGUUAUAGAGAGGUCUAUUAGCCUGCCCACACGAGUGUAGAGUAUUCGAAGAGGUAUUAUUAUCGUAGCUAAACAAAUACGACAGAUACUCGUCGUCUCAAUGAAAUCAAUGCACGCACGUGUCGAAUUAAAUACUUGGUGAAGACACCGUGAUGUGACGGCUAUGAAUCAGACGUGACGUGAAAUUUACACGUUCUGUAUUUUAUGCGAUUGACGUGGAGAAUUCGUUGUAAGUUUUUUUAGUCGAUGAAAUAACCUCUUUGCGCGGAGAUGCUUUUUGUCGGGCUGAUUUUCAAGACAAGUGGUUAAAACGAUAAUGCACGAGGUAAUUCGACGGAUAAAUCGAUCAGGUUGCUGCUGCCCGCAAAUCGUAAUCGAACGGUAGAAAGUAUUAGAUUCAUUUGAAAGUAGCACUGCCAGUUGGUAAUCCGAGAGCUACCAUAACAGUACGAACAGCCGCCUUUUCCUAGAAAUUGUCGUUUUACGGUAGGACGUAUCGAUUCAACCCACAAACCGAUACGUCAUUCUUGAAUCUUUUUUUCGUUUCUUUUCUCUUUUCUCUUAUUCUUUUCUUUUUUCUUCUACCUUUUAACUUGAAAUAGGUCAGUUGAAAAGAUCAUCCAUGGCAUUAAUUCGCAAUUUGAUAGAGAUGAAAAAAUUGGUUGCCUUUCGUUGCUUGUAUAUUUACUACUUGAGCAAGGUAAUACAUAUACACAGAGAUAAUCUUGUUACAUUUGUUCGAAUGUACGAUGUAUGACAAAUAUCGAUUUAAGAAAUUUGUAAGCUUCUCGAGAAGCAAGUUCAAUGGCGAGAAUCUGACUUUUGUACAUUAACCUGUAAUAAAUCAACCUCUAUAUUUGCUGCCUUUUUCUACUUGUAAUAUAAAUGCAAAGAUGUAUAUUUACAGUGUAAAAAAUAUGACAAUAUUAAAUCUGAGCCUGUAAAUGGCGAACCGAAUUAGAAGA